AUGCCGCCAUUUUCAUCCCUUUCAUCCCGCCAAAUCUGCAAUGACAAGGAUCCGGAGGCACAUGCAGUCCAACAGCACAUGCAGUCCAACAGCACAUCCUUAUCAAUAGCACAACUGUGCUCAAAUAAAAUCAUUAUCCAACUAGUCAUUGUGGAAGAGAUUGCCAUGGCACAGCCACCAGUUGUAGAAUUACUAGGAGAUGACGGCAAAGAGAAUGCUGCUGCUGUAUCCAGUUCCAGCAGUACCAAAAAUAAGGAGCUUACCCGCUGGCCUCCUGUAUCCCGACUUGUCGCUGUUGAGAGUGAUCUUGUCUCUGCAAUCUUUCAAGCAGUGGAUGAAUGCGAUGCUACGAAAUGCACCGAGGCUUCCAACAAUGAUAACGUGAAGAAGAAUGGAUGGACCAGAUUUCACGAUGUUUGCUAUGGAGGUGGAGCUGAUGGCCGAGAGUUACUUGUUCGUCGUCUCCCCAAAAUCACUCAAGCAACUCAAAUGAAAAAGAAAGUCACUGCAUUGUGGCAGUACAUCUUGGACAACCCUGAAAAAGUCCGUGAAUCUCUUUACACCGCUGCUGUUCAACAGUCUGGAGAGCAUGAGACGGCCAAGAAAACAGAAAAGGAGAGCACCGAAAAAGCUAAAGCCAAGGCUGCAUUGCUUCAAGAACAGAUGAAAAAUUAUGAGCGCGGAGUUGGUGCUCUUCCGCCUGGAGCAAAUGGAGAUUCUGGAGCCGGCAGGAGUGGGCACUCUACCAAUCUUGCACUUGGACAUCCAAGCUCGUUUGCAUAUGCCAAUGCUACCACGGCCAAUACAGAUUUUUGUGACUUGUUUUCCGGUGGUAUUGGUGACGAUGGAGCAACUAUGACAACUCCAAAGCGAAACCUCAGUCCGCCAAAAUCUGAGUCAGUCAAUGGCAGUGACCAGAAGAAACAACGCGGUCCUCGAGGCCCCACUACAACAGUCAACGACAAUGCAAUGCAGACCUUAGAAAACCUUGGAAAUACGUUUCAAUCCAUUGCUACUGAGUUUCUUGGGAGCAAGGCGGCCAAAACUACUCCUGGCAGCACCGGUGGGACUUCUGAACCUAGUGAUAUCACCAGCAAUAGUCCACGGGAGAAGCGCAUUGCCCUUCUAGAAAAAAAGAAGAAGUCAUUGAUGGAGGAUGCAGCCUUCUACCCGGAUGCAACAGGUUUUGAGAAUGAGUAUAAGGAAACGAUGUUGGAAUUUGGUAAGGUUCGCAAGGAGCUUCUAUCUUUGUAUGAACAGGCCUAG